CGGUUUGGCUUUUUGAGAGCAAGUCAGCUUUUUCGACAAGCGUUCGGCACCGGCAACCUGGGCAUCAUCGACUGGCCAUCCGCCCUUCAUCGUUGAGGUAAUACAUCGUUCAUUCAUUUCGCUCCUUCAAACUUUGUCAAUCCUUGAGCAAAAGACCAAACUCGGUCCCUACAAUAUGACGUUCCUUAAGAACCUUCUUGCCUUUUCGAUGGGGCUUGCUUCUCUGGGAGGAGCAUACGCCAAGCUCGAUCUAUCUUCUUCGAACAACGUUGUUGUCUACUGGGGUCAAAACUCCUUCCGAGGAACCGGAGACCUGGCCCAACAGAACCUGGCCUAUUAUUGUGAUGACGAGAACAUCGAUGUUAUCGUACUUGCAUUUGUUAUGAGAGUCAACGGUGUUGGAGGCGUGCCGGAGUACGACCUAGCAGACAACAGCAAAAACUGUCCGCUGUUUGACGGCACCAACUUGCCAAACUGUCCACAAGUCGGUGCCGAUAUCAACACCUGCCAGAGCAAGGGCAAGACCAUCAUCUUGUCGAUUGGCGGGGCGACAUACAGUGAAGGCGGAUUCCAGUCCGAAUCGGCUGCCCAGGCCGGUGCCGACUUGAUCUGGCAGACAUUCGGACCAGCCCAGGGCAACUCGUCCGCGUAUCGGCCCUUUGGCAACGCAUCCGUGGACGGCUUUGACUUCGACUUUGAGGCUACUGUGAAGAACAUGGCACCGUUUGCGAACCGGCUUCGCCAACUGUCCGAUGCAGACACCUCGAAACAAUACUUCUUGACGGCAGCGCCGCAGUGCCCAUACCCGGACCUUGCGGACCAGGAGAUCCUCAAUGGUCCUGUGUCGAUUGACGUGGUGUGGGUGCAAUUCUAUAACAACCCGUGUGGCUUGAACUCGUUCAUCGCGGGCCAAGACACGCAGACCACCUUCAAUUUCGAGCAGUGGGACAACUGGGCCAAGACCGUGUCUCAGAACAAGAACGCCCGGGUGAUGCUGGGCGUGCCAGCCGACACGACGGCGGCGAGUACGGGCUAUGUGCCAGUGUCCCAGCUGCAGUCGAUCAUUCAAUAUACCAAGACGUUCAGCAGCUUCGGCGGCGUGAUGAUGUGGGAUGUCACGCAGGCGUACGGCAACCCGGGCUUUUUGAGUGGCGUCCGGGGAGCCCUUGAGCAGACCACCUCACGCAUCCAGCAGACCUACCGGUACCCCAUGCGGCCGUGGAUCUUUGGGCCCAACAAGCACUGGUGAUGAGUUGUGAUACCCCGUUGGAGAGCGCUGUGGUGAAGUGGAGGGAGUGGGAGACC